AUGAAUUUCUCUACCGCACUUAUUUUUGCUUUCGUUGUCGUCGCCUUCACAAAACCUCUGCACAGAGGAAGUUCCAGUUUCAGCAGUGAAGACGAUUCCAAGCACAAACGUCACCAUCAUAAGCACGGGCACCAACAUCAUACUAUCCAUCCACGCCGCUCAACUUCGACUACUACAACGUCCACAGUGUAUGAACAACCAAGUACACAAGCUCCUAUUGUGACUACAUCAGAUCGUAUUGCUACCGAAGGUGUCCCAGUUACCACUUCGAUUGCUGGAAUCAUCACGGAAUCGGAACCUAUUACUCGAGCAGAGACGGAAGCAAGCACUAAACUCUUUCCUGCUAGCACAUCGAUCGCUGCAGAAAUCGUGACCAAUGUUGUGACUGUGGAAGAAGGCGUUGUUCCGGCUGUCAGCACCCAAGCAGUAGUCUUAAGAACAGAUGCAUCUGUAGCCGAAUUUGACGCUGGGUUCGCCUUGACAACAAAAGAAGUAAACGAACAAUAAAAAUCCUUGUACACCACCGCAGCUGGAUUCUCUUUUUGAGUUUUUGGUCACUUUGCUCACUGUAUGACAUAUCAUGUAUUUACUGU